GUCGCGUCACCACCAUCAAACGACCAAAUCAAUUUGUUCGUGAUUUGAUCCCGAUUUUUAGUCAUUGUAAUAGGACAGCAAUAUGGCUCCCUUAAAACGUGUAAGACACGAAGACGGGGAUGUUAUUGCAACUGAGAGCACAAGCUCAGACCUACGUCGUGAUAGUGUCAGUUAUCUACUUUCGCAUACUUACCACUAGCCUUUCGCGCUUUUGACCAUUGGCAGAUGUCGUUUACCUUCAACCAUGCCUCCCAAAUAUUCUUUUACGAAAUAGAUGCUAAUGCAUUAUUGUAGCAACGAAAACGCGCCAAAAUCUCGAAUGGCCAACCCUCCUCGAGAUCUUUACAACGUCCCGAAGACAGCUCUUCUUCCUCUUUUGAAGAUAGCAGCGAUGAUGGUAACAACAACGAUGGUGCGAACGAGGAUGACGAUGAUGAAGAAAUGGCUCACCCUCCUGGAACUCAGUAUGAAAUACUUCGCGAUGCUGGAUUCAAACAUUUGGAGCACGCCGAUGAUGAUGAUCGUAUUGCUACGCAGCAAUUCCUUGCCAAAAAUCAAAUGAUUGGCGACAACCACGCUGCCGAUAAUUCCAUCAUAGAAGAAAUCCAAUGCAUGAACUUCAUGAACCAUGAGAACCUCAAAGUUGUGUUAGGUCCACUCAUCAAUUUCGUUGUUGGGGAAAACGGAGCAGGGAAGAGUGCAGUUUUGACCGGCAUCACACUAUGUUUGGGAGGAAAGCCUAGUGCUACGAAUCGUGGAAGUAGUAUGAAAAGCUUGAUUAAAACAGGAACUGAUCGAGGGAUACUUGUUGUCAAAUUAAAAAAUCAGGGCCCGGACGCCUAUCAGCCGGAAAUAUACGGAAAGUCGAUCACUGUCGAGCGACAUUUCUCAAGGACAGGUGGUAGCAGCUAUAAAGUGAAGAACGCAGCUGGUACCGUUGUUUCUACCAAAAAGGGUGAUAUGGACGAUAUCGUGGAGUAUUUCCAGCUUCAAGUCGAUAACCCAAUGAAUAUUCUUACUCAGGACGAAGCAAAAAGUUUCAUCACAAACUCCACACCAUCACAGAAGUUCGACUUUUUUAGGAAAGGCACACAACUGGAACAACUCGACAAUGAUUAUAAGCUUGUUUCCGAAAGCUGUGAUCAGAUCGAAGCUAUCCUUGAAGACAGCAUCGAUGACCUUAAAGGGUUGGAGAAACAGGAUGAGGAUGCGGAGGCGAAGAAGAUGAUUUAUGAUCAGCAUCAGGAUAUGAGAGUGGAGAGAAGACUUCUCAGGAAUCAAUUGACAUGGUGCCAGGUUGACGAGCAAGAGAGUGAGCUGGAGCAGCGCAAAAGGACAGUCCUGGACACACAGCAAAAAAUUGAGGAAAAGGAAAAAAUUGUGGAGGAGAAAGACCGAGCUUAUCAGGCACUGCAUUCUUCAGUAGAACGAGCUCUUGAAAAGGCGAAAAUUCUUGGAGAUGAGCUUGUUCCAAUGAAAGAAGAAGAGCAAGAAGCAAAGUCAAGGGCUGAGGAGGCAGAUUCGGAGAUUAAAAGGCUUCACCAGGAACACAAGGAUAGUCAAGCAGAGCUCAAACAAGCAAAGGCAAAAGCCCAUAGCAUACAAGGCGAAAUUGAUGCCGAGCAGCAGCGCAUAGAGUAUGCCAAUGGCGGUUCUCUCAACCGAAAAUUCGCAGAAAUUGAGUCAGCCAAGACCGAAACUGUGCAAGCUAGAGCAGAAAUAGAGAGAAGCAAUGGAGAGCUGCAAAGAUUGACAGAGCAGAGCCAGCUUUCUAGGAGUGCACUUGAAAAAGAGCAAAAUCCUUGGGCUGCGAAGAAAAAAGAAGUAGAGAACUGUAGAGACAGACUAAGAGAAAUGCAAAACGAACGCCCAGAUCCGAUGCGUGGCUUUGAUCGCAAAGUGCCAGAGCUGCUCCGGAAGAUACAGCAAGAUCGAGGGUUUAUUCAUAAGCCUGUGGGUCCUAUUGGUCUCCAUGUGAAACUUCGCGAUCCCAAGUGGUCUGAUAUUCUCGAGGUGACUUUUGGUAAUGCUUUGAACGGUUUUGUAGUUACCAGCAAAUCGGAUCAGGUCAGAUUACAGAAGAUGGUAUCUGCAAUGAGUAUACCCCGCACUCAAAUCUACAUUACGAAUCCCCAACCCAUUGAUACCACAAACAACGAACCUGAUCAACACUUCAUGACCAUCUUGAGAAUGUUGGAUAUCGACAAUGAGAUGGUGAGAAACACAUUGAUCAUAAACCAAGCGAUUGAGCAAGUAUUAUUGGUCGACGAUCUAAAGGAAGCAGGGCGGAUUAUGGAACCUAGGUCCAAGCCAGCGCAUGUUAGACAUUGCUACGCUCCCAAUCCACAAAGAAGAGGCUGGGGUAUUCGAUUGUACUUAAAUGGCCCAAACUAUCAAAAUAGUGCACAGGAGUUCGUCAGACCCUACGGGUUUCCGCCCCGCAUGAAUACUGAUGGUGAACGACGUAUCGUCUUACAGCAGGAAACUUUGAGGCAAUUUCAGGAGGAAGAGUCGAGGCUUGCAAACAAUUGCCGCAAAUUACAGCAUCGUGCUCAAGAGGCAGAGAGGACAAUCCGACAGCACAAGGUUGCCCAAGGCAAAUUGAAGAUUCGUGUACAGAAGGCCGAAGAACGUGUCGAGUCACUGGAAAAUGAACUUAGCAACCUUAACAUAGAGGAUGGGUUUUUGGACUCGCUCAAGAGACAAUUAGAGGAAGCCAAAGGUCACGUAGCACAUUAUGAAAACGCUUAUGGCGCUACUGCCCUUGCGAGGGCGGAGUACAACACAAAGGCUCUUGAACAAAAGAACGCCUACAAAGCCGCUAAAAAACGUGUUGAGAAUCAUGAGAAGCUGAUUGCCGAUGCAAAUCAAAAGGUCAAAGCGAAAGAACAGGCGCGUACUCUAGGCCUCGGUGAAAAGAAUACCGCUAUUGCGCAAGUUGACGUAUACAAGGAUAUGAAGAGAGAAGCAGAGACUAAGCUCGCGGAAACAGAAACUCGUGUGGAAGAAUACAUUGAAUCGGCAUCACAAAUAUGUGCCAGGAUUCAAGUACCACCAAACGAAACUAGAGCUAGCCUUGAGGCGAAGUACAAGAGCAUCACGGAUCAAUUACAGCAGUAUAGUAGGAGACUUGGUGUCACAGAGCAAGAAAUUAUAGAUAACUAUGUAAAGGCCAAAGAGAUGUUGAAAAGUUUCAAGUCACGCCGCAAACACAUGGAAGAAACGCUACGGCUACUCAAGUAUAGUUUCUCAAUGCGUAUGAAGCAAUUUCGCAAUUUCCAAAGAAGCAUUUCAGCCAGAUCCCGUAUCAAUUUCAAUUAUUUGUUGAGCGAAAGAGCUUUCAGGGGAAGACUUGUGAUUGAUCACAAGGCUAGAUUAUUGGAUGUCCAUGUCGAACCAGAUGAGACAAGUAAUAACAAGAAAGGUCGACAAACCAAAACUCUUUCUGGGGGAGAAAAAUCAUUUUCAUCUAUCUGCCUACUUCUUUCCCUUUGGGAGGCCAUGGGUGCCCCUCUUCGUUGUUUGGACGAAUUCGACGUUUUCAUGGAUGAUGUCAAUCGGGAUGUGAGCACCAAGAUGAUCGUAAGUUCUCACACACUCUCGUCACGAUUCGAUAUAUACUAACGAGUUGGUAGAUAAGCGCUGCUCGACGCGCCGUCGGUAGGCAAUUCAUCCUCAUUACACCCAAAGCUCUAGGGGCUGGCAUCGAGUUUAAUGAUGAUGUGAAAAUUCACAAGUAAGUCAUUCCCCCUUUUCCUGAUAUCCAGAUCGCGUUACUAACCAUAAAACAGACUUAAAGCUCCGAGAGAUAGAAAUCAACGAUCUAUUCCAGAGAUGAUAGGUGGAGCUUAAACCAAGAUUUGUACCAUUAUUUUUGUUCACUUUGAGGGCGUUGGAGUGGGAGAGCUGGGGAUUUGUAGCUUUAUGGCCGGGAAGGCUCUGGUGCUAUGUCUUACGACAGCUAUGGCGUUUGUGGUGUACUGAUCUUUGAGCCAUGUAUGGUAUUGAUCAUUUGGUUGAUCUGGGUGGCAAAUUUGAUACAAAAGUACAUGAGUAUGAAUAGAAUAUGAAUACAUGACCUUAAUAAUUUUUCCGCUUCUUUCCCUCCUUCCAUCCCAGGUGAAGUGGACGUGUACUCCCCUAUCGGAUAUAUCACCCACUAAACCCUAACCCCCUUACUCCUCAAAACAUUAAUCCCCGCC